AGUGUGUGGACUGGCAAUCUGUCCAUUUUACAGUGAUAAAUAAGAGAAUAGCCCUUCUAAACCCCUCUUAAUCUGUGCUUCAAAGCUCUAUCAGAGUUUCCAUAUAGAAAUUAAAGCUCAUCGAGUGCUCUUAUUUCAGAACACAACAAACAGCAUCAGUGAUGAUGGCCACUUCCAUUUAGCUGUAAACUUGCUGAGUCCUCUCUCUCACUGUGGCAGUCUAAAUAGAUUUAAAAAUGGGAACUGAGUCACUUUUUCUGCAAGUUAGUGGAAGUUUUUCUUUAUUCUGUUAGUUAUUUGCUCAAAGGUACAUAGAAAGCUGGCAUGCACUUGAGACAAAUUAUAGGCCUACCUAUUCCAGACUUUUGGUUUUAAAUCAGACUCAGCCCUCAACAAUCCAUGUUUUGCAUUAUAAUUUCAGUGGUAUUUCUCCCUCUAAAUGUGAUAUUUAAUCCAUCUCUUUUGCACUUCUUUUUGUAGUUCUUUCCAUUGGUUACUUCAAAUAUCAGUAUCAGUAUAUGCAUUUCAUCUUUAAGAAGUAUUGCAUUAUUGACCAAGAAUAAAGACAAAUAAAACCACUGCCACAGGAAACAUUCCUCUGUCACUUCUGUCUGAGAUCCAGGAGUUCUCUUUCAAGUCGGUCACUUUGACGCUGCUUCAGUAGCUGAAACUGUGGGAAAUCCUCCUAGGGGCAGUGACCUUGAAACCCUAUACCAUCACAGCAAUUUGGUUGGCUGGUGGUGCUUGGCGCUCCGCCCUAUGCUUGCAUCAGUGUGGGCAUAUAAACCAGAGUCCAGCACCACAUCUCAUGUCCGCCCUCUGGACUGGUUUGUGUCAGUAGACCUGUUAGAUGCAUACUUUCCUGUGCGGAUUGCCCCUCAACACAGGCUAUUCUUGAGAUUCGACUUCAAGGGGACUGCAUUUCCUACCCUUUGGGUUGAGAACCCGAUCCCAUGGGUUAAGGGCAUGUCAUUAAAAGACAUUUGUCUGGAUGCAGGAUGGACUUCUAAUACCAUUGCCAGGUUUUAUAACCUGCAUGUAUCUUAAUAAUAAUAAUAAUAAUUAGUUACAUUUAUAUAGCGCUUUUCUAGACACUCAAAGUGCUUUACAUAGUAUAGGGGGAAUCUCCUCAACCACCACCAGUGUGCAGAAUCCACCUGGAUGAUGUGACAGCAGUCAUAGUGCACCAGAACGCCCACCACACACCAGCUGUUGGUGGAGAGGAGAGUACAGUGAUGUAGCCAAUUCAUAUAUAUAGGGGAUUAUUUGGAGAUCAUGAUGGAUUGAGGCCAAUGGGCAGAUUUGACCAGGCCAGUAUCUUCCCACUCUUCCCAGAUUUUCACAGAGAAAGAGGGUUGAUUGUACAAUGUUCACUGACCAGUUGGUGAGUGUCGUUGUAUUGGGUAUUAGGUCUCUCUUUUCCCACUGGUAUGAAUAAGAGUAUGCAAGCAAUGUUUCACUACCCUUUUGGCUUGUAUCAUUGUACCAAAAGUCCUUGGCCAGGUGACCAUCCUGCUCCCCUCCUUCCCACUAGUGAGAAGAUGUGUUAAGACAUUGGACCACUACUCAGUAUGGCUAGUCUCUCCGUCUUGGCAUCAAGCUAUAUGGUUUAUUGUUCUGCCACUUCCUUCCUAUUUUUUCAAAGUGAAGGGGUGGUUAACGCAAUGCCUUUUUACUACCCUGUUGGUUAGUGGGCAUUGCCCUAUCAGCACGGUGUUAUGGUAUACGGCUCCCACAGCAUCAGCUACUGAUGCAGCAUUGAAGUGACCAACUUGAAAGGGAAUGUCUCGGCUAUGAGUUUAACUUUGGUUCCCUGAAAGGAGGGAAUGAAACGCUGCAUAGCUGUGCCUACUACUGCUUUUUUUCUGUUAAGGGACAGUGAGAUGCAUUCUCCACCCUUCAGCUGAAAUAUCCAAUCAAAUUAAGGGAACCAAGGUUACACUCAUAACCAAGAUGUUUGUCAAAAUAUUUUCUGUGAACAAAACUUACCAAAUGUUUCAGUGAAAGACAGACUACUCUGUCCUUCAGAUCAUGAUCAUUUACCAUACAGUGAUUGUAAUUCUAAGCAUUCUACAGCUUCUCUCUCUGAGAGAUUUCUCAAAAAGGAAUGCUUGCUGCUUAUGAAAAGAACAGAAAAAUGGUGUGAGUGGAAAGAGAAGAGAGAGUGAAAAAAGGGAGAAGGAGAGGAGGGAGAAAUGUGCCAGUGUGUAUAUGACUUGCUUUCUGGGGCUGAGAGAGAGACAGAGAGAGAGAGAGAGGGAGGGAGAGAGAGAGAAGGACUGAGUUGCUGAACAACACUUAAAUACCAGAGAGUGAAAACCCCUUUCACUACAACAUUCUCUCACACAAACACACAUCUCCACUCAUAGACAGCAACAGAGCAUUAGCCUAUUUCUCCUAAAUAUCAGGAUAUUCACUGCCUCUUACACACGCACAUUUACACACAUAUAUGCUUCCUUAUUCUCCUCAUGGCUUGUCGGAUGCAACAGCCAACCUGGAGCAGACACCAUUGGAGAAUCAUCCAACGUUUCUACCAGAUGACCCUCUUUCUCUCCCUCCUGUGCCCACCCACUAAGUCUGUUCCCUGGGAAAAUGACUUCAGCAGCAGCCCUGGAGAGGAUUGUGAGGGUUUCCAGGUGGAUGUAUGCGGUGUUUGUGCAGGAGAUGGGAGCUCCUGUGAGCUGUUCAGUGGGACACUCUUUCUUUCUGUGCUCUCUGUUGGCUACCACAAGAUCCUGGACAUUCCCUCUGGAGCUCAACGAGUCAAAAUACAGGAAACACAGAAGACUAGGAACUAUUUAGCUCUCAGGACAGCAACCGGUAAAUCCGUGAUAAAUGGUGACUGGGUGAUUGGCAGGCCAGGACAGUUCUAUUCUGCGGGUACUGAAUUCACAUACAAACGGCCCAAUGAAAUACGUAGCAGAGCGGGGGAAUCCAUCACUGCUCCUGGUCCAACCAAUCAGGAGCUGCAUUUGUUUGUCAUAUACCAACAGCCCAAUCCAACAGUGUAUUAUGAGUACAUUCUACCCAGAGACCCCAUCAUCAGCACACAUUCAGAUACAUACUCUUACUCUAGUGUACUUCCCCUGGUAGAGAGCCAUGGGCUGUUUCCUAGCCCUGAGAUUAGUAACAGUGAAAACUCAAUGGGCAGCCUUCACCCUAACCAAGUUCCAUCGGACCCUAUGACAUCUGAGCCACUCCCUCUGUACAGUUGGGUUGCCAUGACAAAAACUCCUUGCAGUGUUACCUGUGGAACAGGCAGUCGCCAGGUUCUGUUCAGCUGUAUAGAAAGGGCCACUCAAACUACCGUAACAGGGGAUCUCUGCAGCCAAACACACCAUCCCGGCCCCCAGGUAGAAGACUGUCAGCCACAACCUUGCCCAGCCUUCUGGGAUGUUGGGGAGUGGUCUGAAUGCAGUAAGACCUGUGGUCCAGGUUUCCAGUUUCGUCAGGUGAUAUGCCGGCAGACGCAGGGAUACCAUGCCAAUAGCACAGUCGUUGUGGUGACCAGCCUCUGCGAUAAUACAGAAAUGCCCGAGACGACCACUGUGUGCCAGCUAAAGAUCUGCAGCGAGUGGCAGAUUCGCUCAGAGUGGACAGAGUGCUCGGCGCCAUGUGGAGUGGGUCAGCGCAGCAGAGAAGUUGUUUGUGUGGAUAACCUAGGUGACAUUGUUUCUGAUAUGGAAUGCAAUAUGGCCCUUCGCCCACAGGACCUGCAGAACUGUGACAAGGGAGUGUGUGCCAGCAGCUGGUUCUACUCUCUCUGGAGUGAUAGGUGUUCUGCAGACUGCGCAGAUGGCAGUCGCAGUCGGUCAGUGGUGUGUAUGAUGAGUCAUACCAACUCUCUGCCACUGGACAACUGCGAUGAUAAGGAGAAACCAGACGAGCUCAUGCCGUGUGACCUGGGACCCUGCACUGACCAACUGGAAUGGUACACAGGACCGUGGGGACAGUGCUCAUCUGAAUGUGGCAAUGGGACCCAGAGUCGAGGUGUGGUGUGUGUUCUUCAAAGCAAUGGCCAAUUAGGAGUCACCUCAAAUUAUAAUUGCUCUCAUCUGCCCCGCCCUCCAAGUACACAGACCUGCCAUUUGAAAAGCUGUGGUGCACAAUGGUACAUGACAGCUUGGAGCUCAUGUUCUCGUUCUUGUGAGGGAGGCUUUCGAGUGAGGGAGGUACGUUGUUUGCGAGAUGACCAGACCAGUAGCGAUGACUGUGACCCUGCCCUUGAACCUGCAAAACGAGAGGAGUGUAAUACACACAACUGCACGCCACAUAUUGAUGAAUCCUGCAAGGAUUUGUAUUAUAACUGCGUGGUGGUGGUCCAGGCCCGUUUAUGUGUGUAUUCGUACUAUCGCACCACAUGUUGUGCAUCAUGCUCUCAGGUUGUUCAUUGAGACACACUCCAUAGAAUCAGGUGAUCCAGUCUCCUUGUCCUUGGGAUAAGACAUCACUGCCUCCUUCUCCCUGAACUGUGAUGUCCUUGUCUCUUUGAAGUCAGGAGUCAUGACAUCAUUCCCCACCUGUUUUCAGCUGAAUCUAACCCUGAGAUGACAUCACUGCUCACCUCCUCUCUGACUCAAAGAGCAAAGAACACUUGUACGCAUUCACUACCCUAACUUUAUAAAAUACAAAGUGAGAAUGCUCCAUGAGCAAUUUAAUAUUUAUUGCAAAUAAAAAUUUAGCCUCUUUUA